AUGGAUGGAGAAAUCAAUAAAUCAAUGUUUAUCUUUAAAAACGUGAUAGGUAAAGGAGCUUUUGGUUAUGUAUGGAGGGUAGAAAAGAAGCCGUCUAGAUUCCCCUUUGCAGUUAAAGUAAUGAGUAAAGCCAAAGUUUUUAACAUGAGAAGUGUAGAUACAGUGAUAAAUGAGAUGAAGUUAUUAAGUUAGCUGAAGCAUCCAUUUAUUGUAAAUAUGAACUAUGCCUUUUAAGAGAAGGAAAAUCUGUAUUUAGUUUCAGAUUUCAUGGUGGGAGGAGAUUUAAGAUAUCAUUUAACUCUUAGAUAGCGAAGAUUUUCCGAGAGACAAGCCCAAUUCAUAAUUGCCUGCGUUAUUCUCGGACUUGAAUAUCUCCAUAACAAUGGAAUACUGCAUCGUGAUGUAAGGCCUGAGAAUAUAUUGAUAGAUGGAAAAGGCUAUUGUAAAUUAGCUGAUUUCGGAUUAGCUAGAAUAUGGUAGCCUUUAAAUUCCUCUGAUACUUCUGGAGCUCCUGGCUAUGCAGCACCUGAGGUAUUGAACAGAUAAAAUCAUGGAACUGAAGUUGAUUAUUUUGCUGUUGGAAUAAUUGCUCAUGAGCUGAUGCUUGGAAAGAGGCCAUAUCCUGGCAAUGAUAGAUAGACUUAUAAAGAAAAUGUUAUGAAGAUAUAAGCUGAAUUGAAGAAAGCUGAUACCCCAGAGUCUUGGAAUCAUGAAGCUUCUGACUUCAUUAAUAAAUGUAUUCUUAGAAAGCCAACAUCAAGACUAGGUCUAAAUGGACCCAAUGAAGUUAAAUCCCAUGUUUGGUUUAAGGAUUUCGAUUGGCAAGCGCUUUUGGCAAGAAAACUAAAUUCCCCAUUCAUCCCAAGCAUUAAAAGAAAAAAUUUUGAUAGGAAAAAUUUCAUAUUAAAACCAGAAGAAUAGGAAAGCACAUUGCAGAUUAAAAUGAAUUAAGAAUUGCUUAUGUAACCAAGUAUUUAAGCAUUAUUUGAUGGUUAUAAAUAUGACAUUGAUGAAGAGAAGCGUAAAGAACUUGAAAGAGAGGAAAAUGAAAAGAAAAAGAGAAAUAAGCUAAAAUGA